UCAAUUCCCACCCGCAAACCUAAAGGGUUAAAAUCAUUUGCUCUGUCUUUUAAAGUCUAUGAUAAUCCCACAAACUCAGAUAACCAGAAUACAGCCACUUCAAGGGCACCACCACAGCAGGAAAAGGGACACACGGUUCGGCCGCACCCCAAACCCGAGGAAACAGGGCAGUGCAUUUCGGAAGCGGUAGGUACAGUGAUCGAAGGGACCGGAAGACUGCUGGGAGAUGCAGGCCAAACAGGCCCAGUAGCCGCAGAGGUUUCAGGAAGGGAAGCUGCUUGGGAUUCUGGGAGUCGUAGGCAAGACAGCUCCAAGACCUUAUGGGAGUCGUAGUCUCUGUAGCCACUUCCGUGCCGAGCUUCCGCACGUUCGGCAGUUUGGAGCUCCUGGGACCGCGUUCUGCCCAGGAGAAGCCCGCCCGCCCGGCCCACGCGAUGCCCGCCCCGCAGUGCGCCUCCUGCCACGCGGCCCGCGCCGCCCUCCGCCGCCCGCGCUCCGGUCAAGCCCUGUGCGGCGCCUGCUUCUGCACCGCCUUCGAGGCCGAGGUGCUGCACACGGUGCUGGCGGGCCGCCUGCUGCCGCCCGGCGCCGUGGUGGCCGUGGGCGCCUCGGGCGGCAAGGACUCCACGGUGCUGGCGCACGUGCUGCGCGCGCUGGCGCCGCGCCUGGGGGUGUCGCUGCAGCUGGUGGCGGUGGACGAGGGCAUCGGCGGCUACCGGGACGCGGCGCUGGCGGCCGUGCGGCGCCAGGCGGCGCGCUGGGAGCUCCCGCUCACCGUGGUGGCCUACGCAGACCUCUUCGGCGGCUGGACGAUGGACGCCGUGGCCCGCAGCACCGCCGGCUCCGGCCGCAGCCGCGCCUGCUGCACCUUCUGCGGGGUGCUGCGCCGCCGCGCGCUGGAGGAGGGGGCGCGCCUCGUGGGAGCCACGCACAUCGUGACGGGCCACAACGCGGACGACAUGGCGGAGACCGUGCUCAUGAACUUCCUGCGCGGCGACGCGGGCCGCCUGGCCCGGGGCGGAGGCCUGGGCUCGCGGGGCGAAGGGGGCGCCCUGCCGCGCUGCCGCCCGCUGCAGCUGGCCUCGCAGAAGGAGGUGGUGCUGUACGCGCACUUCCGCCGCCUCGACUACUUCUCCGAGGAGUGCGUGUACGCGCCCGAGGCCUUCCGCGGCCACGCGCGCGAGCUGCUCAAGCUGCUGGAGGCGGCGCGGCCGUCGGCGGCGCUGGACCUGGUGCACUCGGCCGAGCGCCUGGCGCUGGCCCCGUCCGCGCGGCCCCCGGCCCCUGGCGCCUGCUCCCGCUGCGGGGCGCUGGCCAGUCGCGCGCUCUGCCAGGCCUGCGCGCUGCUGGACGGCCUGGCCCGCGGCCGGCCCCGCCUGGCCAUCGGCAAGGGCCGCCGGGGCCUGGACGAGGCGGCACCGCCGCCCAGAGACGCGGGCCCUGCCGCGGGUGCAGAGCAGGGCGGCGAGUAAACAGUUCCCUGCGCCGGGCUGCGGGCGAUGCUGGCGGACGGAGCCGGUUCCCUGUGGCCCCGCGGAAGCCGGGGGCGCCCCCGCGGAAGCCGGGGGCGCCCCCGCUGAGGCCAGGGAGGAGGCGGCUGCGGCUGGAGCCCUGCGCCCCAGAGAGGAGGGGCCCGAACAGUUUUCCAUCCCGGAUCCAGUGGGAACCAGGGGGCUGCUUGUCCAGCCCCUCUGCGGUGUUCUCGGCUGCUAGGAUGGACCUCACCCUUCCCGGGCGCCUGCUGUGUGCCUGGUGUCAUGUUUUCCUGCAGUGGGGUAAGCAGAAUCCGUGACCUGAGGCAUUGACCGACCACGAUGCUUCCCUUGGAGUCUGCGCCGCCACCGGCUGGUUUCAGGCUCACCGCGACCUCGUUGGCUCUGCUGAGGUUCCCUGACUAGCCCGAGGCCACCUUGCUGGAGAGUGUCUGGACUGGGGGGUUGCACCCAUCAGGCUUUUCAAGACAGUGGAUUGGCCCCCUACCCCCUGCCCCCACCUGAUCUCCCCUGGUGUCUGUGUGACGGGUGGGGAGCAGCUGGUGGCUCCGCAAGACUCGGAUCCUGUAGGCACGGCUGGGUGAGCCUGGGUCAGUGACUUUUCCUCCUCAGAAAAUGGGAUCAGAGCCCCCCAUCUAAGCAGUUGUUCUUGAUAAAGCGCUCAAUAUAUGGGGGCCUAUGUCAUUGUUCCUAGUAAGACUGAGCCACCAGGGGGCCCUGAGUUUCAGGGGUGCUGUCCUCCCUGCCCUGGAAGGUGUGAGGCCCAGAAGCUGCCUGCCUGACCCCUUGGUGUUCUCAGUCCCACCUCCAAGCUUUGCUGGGUCGGCCUCUUGUCAGGAAUGCCCUCCGUUUCCCAAAAUCUUCCAGGGUCCUUCCAGAAGCCUUCUUGAUGCCCUCCUCCCACCCUGCCCAUCCCAGGACACAGGAGUCCCCCAAGCCCCAGCCCCUGUGUCCUGUCCUAGUGUGGCCAGCUGCACUCUUUGGGUCUCAUACUUCCUAAUUAGGUUGGGCUGGAGGCAGAGACCAUAUGCCCUGCCUCCCCCAAGAGUUAAUUGAGCAUCCAGUUAAUUAUUCAUGCAGCAAAUGCUUACUGAGCACGGCUGUGACCCAUGUGCCAGGUGCUAGGAUUUCCACACCGUGCUAGGAAUACUGCAGUGAGCAAAGGCCAAGUGGUGAUUAAUGCAACAAAAAUAAAGCAGGAUAAGGAGAGGGAGAUAGCAAGAGCCAGUUUCCACAGGGGUCAGUGCAAGGCCUCUUUGAGGAGGUGGCAUUUGAGCAGAGACCUGAAUAGAGCAAAGGAACAAAUCAUAAAACUUACCUUGGAGAAGACCUUAUCCCACAGGGAGGGAACUGCCCAUGCAAAAGGAAUAAGCUUGCUAAAUCCGGGGAACAGCAAGGAAGAGUGUCCAGAGCAGAGUGGGCAGGAAGAAUAGCAAGAGACAAAUGUGGUGGUGGGCCGGAGCAGGCCAUGCAGGGUCUUGCAGAGGGGGGAAGGACUUGGGUUUAUUCUAAGAGUGGUGGUAGGGCCUUCUGGCCAGAAGAGGUCAAGAUCUGAUUUCCAUUUUCUAAAAAUCACUCCAGCUUCAGGGAGGAGAAUCGGCAGGGGGCGCACCGUGAUCAAGGCCAACUGGGGGCUCGUGUGCCUGGCACCGUGGGCACCACUCCCUCAUCUGCUCAGUAGUGCGGCGGGCUGGGUUUUGAGCUCCAGUUUUACAAAGCCAGAACUUGGCAGCUCAGAGGUGAAGGGGCUUGCCCAAGGUCCCCCAGCUGCAAAUCGGCUUUCCUGUGCCUCCUGCUGGACACCAGGGGACCAGGGACUCGCAGCACAUCAACCACGUGGUUGCAUGGGAUUCGCCCAUCGUGUGGCUUUGGCACUGGGCCUUUUCCCUUCCUUUCAACCAAGUUUCUCCCACCACGCCAGGAGGUGGGUGGGUACAUCAGUUUCUCUCGUGGCUCAACACUAUCCAAUAGAAAUAUAAUGUGAACCGUAUGUGUAAAUAAAUUUUUCUAAUAGCCGUAUUUUUUAAAAGGAGGGGUAGUAAUAGGUGAAAAUUUAAUAUUUGACCCACUAUAUCCAAAAUACGAUUUUAACAUGUAGUGAAUAUUUUAAAACUUUGAGAUCUUUUACUAUCUUUUGUACUAAGUUUUUGAAAUCCAGUGUGUAAUGUUACACUUACUGUCCAUCUGGAUUCAGACUAAACGGCAGUUCAAUGACCUGUGUGACAUGUGGGCCCCACCUGAGAGCUGGGGAAGGUGCUGUUCUCAGCCCUGGCCACAUGGGGUCACUGUGCCCACGCCUGAGCAUCCAGCAGCCACUGCGGGCAAACAAGGUCUGUGGCUCAGAUGGGGCCCUGCUUUCUCCAGCCACCUCCUCCCUGGUCCCCGUGCCCAGAGCUAGACCCCACGGGCUAGACACAGUCGGCAGAAAUCUUAAGGCCCCAUGUGAACACUGGAGGCCUUCCUUUACCUCAAGACCUGUUGUAUUCAUUCCAUAAAUACUUAGUGAGCACUUGAUUACUGACAGUAGUGGACAAAACAAAAACCUGCCUUCAAGGGAGAGGCCACGAAAGGAAAAUAAAUAGAAUAUAUGUCAGAGGGUGAUAAACCAGAGAAUGGCGCACGUCACACUUCAGUGGGUGUGGUGUAAGCCCUGGCAAUUGGGUUUUCUCUUUUUGUAAAGCCAGCACCUGACUUGAGCUUUGAUCAGGGAAGCCGACUCUAAAAAGGGCCAUCUCAGUAAGCAUCUUGCCAGCCACACGACCAGGUAAAAAGCCGGCUGCCUCCCGGAACAGAGGUUCCUUUGCUUUAGAGAUCCUGGCUGACUUCGGUAACAGACCUUUUGGGCCACUUGUUCUUUUUGCCCCUGGACUUUCAGUUUCUGCAACGACGUUUUAUUUUGUUUAUUUUAUUCACCACUAGAGUGAGCCUGUGAAACCCUAGGCCCCCAUCCCUGACCCCAGUAAAAGCAGAAUUCUAGCCCCGUACAUACCCCAUCAUCACCCCCGACCCUGACCUCACUGUGUGGCUACAGACAUGCUUUGUAUUCUCCAGGUUAGCUGCAGACAUGCUCUGUAUUCUCCAGGUCCUGUAGGUAAUAAACUUCUAUUUUUUUCCAAG